AUGCCACACCCGUUUAGCACCUGUCUAAGUACCGAAAGACGGGGGUCCAUCACACGGCAUAACCCAACCCAUGUUGGACUCAUCCAUGGUCACCACAUUUCGUCUGAAAACCUGACCCAGCUUCACACCCAGCUGAUAAAGUCGUUGGAGCGAAGGGGAGGAGAGAAGCGAACUGGAUUCGGAGGGCCAGCAGUCAGCUCUCAGUACCAGGAGGAAAUGGUAAGGGAACAGGAUAAAAACAUUUUCGAUUACUGCCGAGAGAACAACAUUGAACACGUCAGCAAGGCCAUCAGCUCCAAGAAAUUGGAUGUGAACACAAAAGACAAAGAGGGCCGAGCUCUCCUGCGCUGGGCGUGUGAUAGGGGCCACAAAGACUCUACUGCGGUGCUGCUGAAUUCUCGCGUGAACAUCAACCUUUCUAUUUUCACUUUAUGUCUCUCACAGGAUGAUGAAGGACAAACUGCACUACACUAUGCCUCAGCUUGCGAGUUUGCAGAUAUUGCUGAAUUACUUCUAAAGGCCGGAGCUGACCCAUCAAUUAAAGACCAAGAAGGCUCUCUUCCAGAGGAGGUGACAGAGUCUAGCGCCAUCUCUUCUGUUCUCCAUCAGUAA